ACGAACAAACCGUUAUCACUAGCCAGACUUGAAAAGACGUUAGUGAAGUUUCAGUCGAAACGACGAAGAUUGAAGAAAUUUGACGCAUCAGAAAUUGAAGAAUCUUGAGUAACACACUUGGACUGCAAGAAUGAAGCAUAAAAUGAUCACCACGUUUCAACUUCUUCUCUGCUUAAUCCUGAUACUUAAUGGAGGAAUCUCAACUUGCAAACCAUUAAGUUCAGAAGAUGUGGAAAGUUUAUUGCCACCGACUCCACGAGAUAAGAAUGAAACGAUUGCUGCAGUAGUCCAGGAUCCUGUUGUUCAGGAUGCAGUGCAAAAGGCAGCCAGCAACGGGUCAUUAAAUGGUCUCGUGGUUAAAAAGAACGUUUUCAUAAUGCCAGCUAGCAAUCCCAACAUGAUACUCUCAAAACGAGAACAUAUUCUUGUCGUUCCUACGGAAAAUUUGGAGGACGUGAGAAAAAAUAUUACAGAGACUAAACAAACAGAAGCAGCCACGGAGACUUCUUCACCUGAAAGUGAAAUGUCCAUCGAAAGCGAUGCUGAUGAAUACAUGCCCGAGGAAAUAGAAAGUGGACCUCAACAAAAUAUGGACUUGCAAUCUUCUCCUGAAGGGAAUCCAAGCCAAUCAAUGUCAACAAAUGAGAAAUUAAAAAGCAAAACCGAAUUCUUAGAAGAUGCAAUUAGUCAUGAUAUCCCGUUACCGGAAGAUCAGCCAAAAAAAGUACCUGUACCCAUAAUUGCGGUCAUUGACCCUUCAAAAGCAGAGAAGGGCAAGGUGAACAGUCCCAUUGUGGCCAUUUUACCAAAUCAGAUGGACAACGACGUCCUGAAAAAUCAGGUUCAGUUCCUGAACGACAAUAACGAUGUUAUUCAAAAGAAGGCUCAGAAUUAUAUUGAUCAAAGUUCGUUGACGAUUGUUCCUGAUUACCGGAAGUCAUCAACUCCUUCAGAGAUCACGCUUGAUUUAUCCUCGAUCCAGGAAACCGUUCCAGUACCGGUGUCUUCAUGGUCGUUCCAGCAGGAAGAUUCUCUGAAACCAAUAACGAUGUCAAGAUGGGAGAUGAUAGUUCCAGCCUAUCAGGAUGACAACAUGGAUUAUUCUAGAGAAAAAGGUGACAUGGAUGUAGCUGAAGACAUUGUUUUUAGACCUUUGUUUAGAUAUCGACAACAAAUGCAGCAGCGGUCUAAAUACUAUGAUGAAAGCAAUCGACGAUACGGUGGUUAUUCCAACAAUUAUCCGAGACGCGCUUAUUUUUACAGACCACGAUACGACAAUUAUUAGAAACGAAGAGGAUUAACGCGAGGAGGAAACGCGAUUAUCCUGGGGUGGACGUUAGACAGGCUACGACACUCACGAACUUUGCGUCUGUUACGAUCCUGACGGAGACAGACAUUUUGGUAUACAUGUAUUUUUAUAGUAAUAAUUUUAUAAUCCUAUAAUAUAAUGUAUCUAUGCUCGCUUUUAACUUACAAUAGAAUAUGUAUCUAUAGGUAACAUAUAUAAACUCUGUGAUAACAGUUUGUUUACAAAUGA